GGAUAUGGCGGAUGGUGGGUGAAGUCAGAGCGAUGUUGCGGCGGAUGGGUGAUGGGGAAAUAAGCAUCUCCGCAUACGACACGGCAUGGGUGGCACUGCUCAAGAACAAAGACGGAAGUGGUGGCCCUCGGUUCCCGUCCAGCCUCCAGUGGAUCGUCGACAACCAGCUGCCGGAUGGCUCGUGGGGAGACGCUGUCAUCUUCUCUGCCCAUGAUCGGAUGAUCAACACCCUGGCCUGCGUCAUCGCUCUCAAGUCAUGGACCAUCUAUCCGGAUAUUUGGAGGAGAGGACUUGCAUUUAUCCGUGAGAACAUGUGGAGAUUGAGUGAGGAGGAAGCAGAGCUGAUGCCCAUCGGCUUCGAAGUCGCUUUCCCCUCCCUCCUUGACAUAGCCAAAGCGCUUGAGCUGGAGAUUCCCUAUGGUGACCCUUCUUUGCAGGAAAUCGACGCCAAGAGAAGUCUGAAACUGAAGCGGAUUCCAAGAGAUGUGAUGCAUGAAGUGCCCAACAAGCUGCUAUAUAGCCUGGAAGGAAUGCCGGUCCUAGACUGGGACAGGUUGCUUCGUCUCCGGUGCUCUGAUGGCUCCUUUCUCUUCUCACCUUCCUCCACGGCUUAUGCUGUGAUGCAGACUGGUGAUGACAACUGCCUCGAUUAUCUCCAGAGAGUCGUCCAUAGAUUUGGUGGAGGGGUGCCCAACGUUUACCCCGUGGAUCUCUUCGAGCACCUGUGGGUCGUCGAUUGGUUGGAGCGUCUCGGGAUCUCUCGAUACUUGGAGCAGGAGAUCAAAGACUGCUUGGACUACGUAUACAGAUAUUGGACCGAGGACGGCAUCUGCUGGGCGAAGAACACGAGAGUACACGAUGUGGACGACACAUCGAUGCGGUUCCGACUGCUCCGGCUGCAUGGAUACGACGUCUCCGCCGGCGUGUUCCGGCAUUUCGAGAAGGACGGCGAGUUCUUCUGCUGCGCCGGGCAAUCGACCCAGGCGGUGACCGGAAUGUACAACCUGAACCGGGCGUCGCAGGUGGCCUUCCCCGGGGAGGAGAUACUGGACCGGGCCAGAAGCUUCUCCUACCUGUACCUGCGAGAGAAGCAAGCCGCCGACCAGGUGGUGGACAAGUGGAUCAUCACCAAGAACUUGCCGGGCGAGGUGGCGUACGCCCUGGACUUCCCCUGGUACGCCAGCCUGCCUCGCGUGGAGACGAGGCUGUACUUGGAGCAGUAUGGAGGCAGCGGCGACGUCUGGAUAGGGAAGACGCUCUACAGGAUGCCAUUGGUGAACAACGACGUGUACUUGGAGUUGGCCAAGUUGGACUAUAAUCGCUGUCAGUCUCUCCAUCAGCUCGAAUGGUUCGACCUCGAAAAAUGGUAUGAGGAGGCCGGUCUACGAUGGCACAGGGUGAAGCGGAGGAGCCUACUGAGGGACUUCUUUCUGGCGGCCGCUUGCGUGUUCGAACCGGACCGCGCGGUCGAGAGGUUGGGUUGGGCUCGGACCGCCACGAUGGCCACGGCCGUCUCGUCGUUCUUUAGCUGCGCCACGUGCACGGACGAGAUGAGGCGAUCGUUCAUCCUCGACUUCCUUGAUGAUCGAAGCGACGGCCAUGACAUCAGCAGGUGA